AAAACUUUGAAGAGGGUCUCUAUAGAAGCUGAAGGCACAUCUUGGUCCCCACAAGCUUGAUAGUGGUGUGAUUCUGUACCAUGCUGUCCACCAAGAGACACGGUGCCAGCACCCUGACCAUAAAGGACAUCCUGGACAAGGGGUUUGUGGCUGGGGCCUCCAGCCAUACCCAUUAUUCUCCCGUCUGCAGUUAUUACACGGACUCUGGCAGCGCCUCCAAACCAGAGGCCUGGGAGCUUCUCACGGACUUGGACAACUCAACAAAAGGCAGUUCUCUGUGUGUUGUCAAGCAGUCAGAGUCUCUGAGCAGCUGUGUGAAGACUGACCUGCACAGCCUGACCCAAGGUACCUCCGACCUCAGUCUUGUCUGCUUCUGCAAGGCCAACCAUAGUCAGGGCAUGUUUGAUGCAUCUGGUUUGCCCUGUGAGCACCUUGGCAGAGCUGGCUGCCUGCUGGACGUGGCAUUGCAGAGCACCUCAACGCCAUGCAAGAAGGAAAUGCACUCCAAGCUGCAGGAGAGCCUGCUCUCCAACAGCAUCGAGCUCCUUGGUGACCCCUCAACUCUCGGGAAGACACCAGCACCCACAUGGGAGAUCUCAGCCAUAAAACCCCCCCUGGAUAGCAGCCUGUCCCUUGAUGUGAGCAAUGAGGAGUUAAGGUUACUGGGAUGCUCCAAACCAGACAUGCCAUCCCUAGAGAGCUCUGUAGUAAUUCCUCUGGCUUGGCCUGGAGCCUUCAAGAGGCAACCUCUGCUGAUGCACAGGUCUGCCACCCCCGACACCCAGCUGAGCGAUCUUGACCCCAUCCCUGUGUGUCUGCAGCAGAUUUUGUGAUGCUCCUGCCGGGGUUCCUGCCCGGGGAUCUUCUGUGCUACAGAGGAGCACAAUGCAGAGCUGCCAUCCACAGUGCAGCACAGAAGAUGAUGGAGCCUUCCUGCCCUGAGCCAGGGGCUGGUGUGCUGAAGGCACUACCUGGCAAAAGGUUCAGUAUUUCUGCCUGGGGUGACAGAAACAGCGAACUGCUUGGGGUACUGCUGGCUGGAGGAUGCUGAGGCUGUGGAAGGCAGCUCCCUACAGCCAGCAGCAGCCCUACUGGCUCCCCCCCCCCCUCCUCCCCAAUCACUGUUUUGUGUAUUCACGCAAUAAAGAUAUAAAUUUCACUGUGCGGGUGGUCUCUGCUGAACGCGGCGCAGGUCCAG